AACACGUUGACACAAUAGAAAAAACCUUCCUUUAAACGACAACAAGAGCCGUUUUCUCUACCCAGCAGUCACAAACAGAGAAAGAAUCUAAGAAAAUCAAAAAGAUCGAAAGAGAUGAUGGGAGGAGAGUUCACUCCUCUAAUCGACGCAUCAACUAGAGUGGAGAAGGCGGUCAAUCUGAUUGGUUGUGUUGUUGAAAUUGGCCUUCGAAGACACAGCAAAGGAACUGAUUAUGUGUAUACGCUGAAGAUCGUAGACGAGCGGUUUUCGGAUAUUGCUUUUGAGAUUACUUUCUUUGCACCAAAAUCAGAUGGCUUUCCACUUGUUGGGUCUGUUGGAGAUUUGCUUCUGGUGUUUAAUGUUAAGAUUAAAAAGCGUAAGGAAGAAUUUUAUGGAUUAUUCCAAAAAAGAGAAUCUUCAUUUGCACUAUAUGAUGGGAAACCGGGGGAUGAAUGUACUGCAUAUUGUGUUAGUCCAUCAUAUCGCGUCAGAAAUUGGCACAUAGAGCGCGUGAAGGUUCUUAGGACUUGGUUGACUACUUUUCAACUUGGCGCAGGAACAAACAAGAAAUUACGUCCAAUAAAAGAGAUGAACAUGGAAGAAUUCGAUCUGAUCUGUAAGGUACUUCAUUCAUAUGAAGUGUCGGCAAGUGAGUGGACGCUCCUCGUAUGGGAUGGAACUGAUACACCUGCACUGAAUUACGAAAUUACACUAUCAGAUGCAGCAGAGGUGCAAUUACCACUAGAACCAGCGAAUCCUCCACUGUCAAGAGAUGUCCGACGCAAUUUUCCCACCGUGGGAAGCAUUUUGAGGGUGUCUGUUAAGUGUAUAAAAUUUGAUGUUCAUCUAGUUUGCAGUGGCCAGUGGGUGAGGUUGCGUGCUGUUACUUGUCGGAGAAAGUCAUCAUUUUGGGGUGCUGACUUGACUGAUAAUUCAAAAAUACGGUUUUUAUCUGACACGGAUAGCACUGUUGUACAUCGUUUGGGGAGCUACAAUGAUAGAAUUUCAUCUUAUACUGGUCGUGUAUCAGCCAUCCCUUCACCAAUUACAGAGAUAAUCAGUGUUUCCGGGCCUUUGGUUACACUACUUGAUGUUGUCAACUAUUCGGAGGUAACCGCGAAAUUUAAAUGUGUUGUUCGUGUGGUUGGUGUGUAUUCUUGCUGUGCUGAAAAUUUUCGUGAGACAACCUCUGGGAAGUAUGUGAUGAGGUUCACCCUUGAGGAUCCAACCGCCAGAAUACAUGCUUACCUCUAUGAUGAAGACGGGGUGAAGUUUUUUGGCGGCUACCCCACUGUGGAGGUACUAAGAAAGAAGAGAAAUGAAUUGCUUGGAAUAGAUGAUGAAGUGGAGGAGAACAAGAGGGUUGUUAUAAGUCCGCCAUGGAUCCAGUGUUGCUUAAAGUCGUACUACCUCGACAAACACGAUCAAUGGGGGAGCAGAACGUGCCGAAUCUUCGGAACAAAGCUUGUGGAUUAUACAAUAGCAUAAAAAGCUCUAGCUCCAUGUUGUAAAAUUUUUGGUCACUUCUCUCUGUGCAUGUGUAUAUAAAGGCAUUGGAGGAGGAAGAAGUAGGGUGAAAGCCGAGGCCCUGGAUUUUUUUUGUGCAGCAAUCAGUGGGCUGAACAUUUAGAAAUUUCUCGCACAACCGAAACAGGUUGCUGUGUUGAAUACUAAUGUCAUGUUGUAAUCUAAGAAUGUAAAAAGCUGAUCAGCAUUUUGGGAAUGUAGAUAUGUUGAUAAGAAGACAAGACUGCAGCUAACUGUUAUAGGUAAAAUUGUAGCAUGCAGGAGUAGGGCAAUGCAGGAAAAGGCGGGCUGUAACUUGUGACAUUCUAAGGGAAAGUUUAGCUUAACGGUAACCUCCUCUUGAUAUGUAUGUUGUAUUAUAAGAACCUUUUGGUGAAACGAAAACUUUGGUUUAUGUUUCAGUA